GCUCGUGUAGCAGCAGCAGCGGCGAUGCCACCACCACCACCACCAGAUCCAACACAAGGGCAGGGAGGAGUGCUGGCACAAGGAGGAGUGCCACCACAGGCAGCCAUACAAGCCCCCGGCCAACAAAUGGUGGCAAUGACCCGAGAGGAGAUGCAGAGGAUACCGGCGGCCGCGGCGGCGCAGACGGUGCAGCAAGUUGCGAGUCAUACAUCUCAUUCCACCACUGCGCCGACCACGGUGGCCGGAAGCCAGGAUGAGGAUGU